AGCGACGAGAGACCCCGGAGCAGCGGGACGAGACCCCAGCGCUGCCUCGGCACGUCCGGCCUAGCCCUCUUUCACCGGGCUGGGAAGCGACCCGCUGGCUCCCCCGGUAAAAAUGUCGCGAAGGUCCCUUGACACCCGGCAGACUUCAGAAGCCUUCCAGUGUGGUCGAGGCGGUGGCAAAGGAAGGCCUAGUACCAGUUUGGAUGAACACCAAAUUGUUAAUGGGAUCUUAGAAAAGCAACUGAAAAUUUGUGGCUAUAAGAAUGAUAAAGAAGUCACAGAUCUGUACCUUGGUGAAAAUGACUUAAAAGAUGUCCCUGAUUUAUCACGGUUCCGGAAAUUAAGAUAUUUGUGGCUAAACCAUAACAAGAUCCAGUAUAUAACUUUCGUAAAAUAUAACUGCUGCUUGACAGAAUUGUACCUUCAUAAUAAUGAUCUCAGAACUAUAACAGGUGCUCUGAAAAAUCUACACUCACUGCAGAUCUUGCUGCUUCACAACAACCAGCUAAAAAACUUGGAUAUGACUGUGAAAGAACUACAAGGACUGCAAACCUUACACACCUUAAACCUGUUUAAUAAUCCUCUGUCACAAGAGUGCAGAUACCGUCUGUAUGUAAUAUAUCACAUUACCUCAGUAACUUUGCUCGACAGAAAAGAAAUAACUAGAAAAGAAAGAGAAUCAGCUCUGCAUAUCUACAAUCAUGAGAAGACUCUUGUCCUCCAGUCCAUAGGAUUUGGGAAGAGAGUAGAUGUACCUCUGUUGCCAAAGGCACCAUGUAAUCUGACUCCCACCAAAGUGUUGCACUUGCCUCCAGGUUGCGAGUUUGGAAAUCACUUAGUUAAAAUUCCAUUUGCAAAUCCAGAAGAUGCUGUCUUUUUGCGGGCAAUGAAGCGUGGCAUGAUGGAAUUUUCAACUGUUGAUUGGGGAAAAAUGCCAACCUGUGAAGAAAAGCGCCUUGGCAGCAAUCCAGAGAAAAGGCCAGAGAAACUGACCAUCAGAUUCAGAUAAGAGCCUGUUUCCCCCAGAAAGCCAUCUCUCUCUUAGGAGCUCCUCUUGCAUUAUAUCCCUAUUAAAUGUUCCAAGUGUCAAUUCAGUAUAUUUCAAGGGAAAAAAAAUGCUAUUUAGUUGUUUUAACACUUAAUGUAGAACAACACUUUUUAAAGUAAGGGUGAUUCGGGAAUGCAGUGGAUAGGGCAAUAAUGUUAUAUUACUGAAAGAGGUCAGUCUUGGAGUUUUAAGGUAUUAUUUUUGGAAAGGAUGGGAAUAUUUUGGAGUAGAUGGAGGCUUAAAUACCAAUUUUUGUCACCAAAAAAUAGCACAAAAUGAUGCCACCAUAUCACAGUGAUAUUACUGUGAAACAUCUUCAAAGAUAAGAGAUCGCUAUUGGAAAGGCCCAAUACUUACUGCCUUCUAGUGUUAAGAAAUAUUGAUGGUGAACCUGUAGGCAGAGUUGUCUGUAUGAGAUUGGUUAGCUCAUCCCACAAAGCUUCAUCAUAGUACUUGAAAUAAGUAUUAAUAUCUUUGUUUGUAGGACCAUUGAAGCCAGUCUAAAUAUAGUAUUCAAAUUUCGUUUAGAUCCACAAGUUGUAAAUAAUACAGUAAGCUAAAAAAAUUAUCUGGCAUUUGCACAAUCAGAGAAAUUUCACACUGACAUUAAUUUUUGAGAAGUAUGGAAUGUAUGGCCCUCUGGACAUUAUUGAACUCCAAUGCCAGCUGUCCCAGUUAGCAUAUUCACCAGUCAGACAACUUAGCAAUUUCUGAAUGGCCCUAAAUAUCUGCCACAAAUUAGUUUUAAUUACAGACUGGCAGCAUAACCAGUGUCAUAUUGUUUUCUUUGUCUUUAUCUAACAAAUCUUAAGUAAACUUUAUUUCACAGAUCAGUUUACAGCUGAACUAAGAUUUUCUGUUCUGUAGAUCUUAGAUUCAGUCUCUACCAUAGAUAGUUAAAGACUUCUAAGUUACUAAGAUAGAAUGACAUCUUUUAGGCAGCACAACUGGGCAGCAAGCAGUCUAUGUCAUAUUAUCUCAGCUAGGGAUGACUUAGGUAAAA